GUGUGUACCAAAGUAUCAGAGAAAUACAGCGCGGGAUUGUCAUCAUUACGCAUGCGUUUUAAUUAAUGCGUGCGAGGGGCGUGAAUUGUCCCUCCUUCCCUAAUUAAAGGCCAUCAGUAACCGCCUGCUCAUUUGCUAUUGUCUAUUCCCAGGAGGCAAGUACAAGCAAUUAUCCCCGUGCACAGUCGUGGGUUACCAGGUCGAUUGCCGCCAGUCAUUCACUCAUUGAUAGUUUUUGCGCCCAUCUGCAAUCAGCUGAUUUCACUCAACUGCUACAAACGCUUGAUUAUCGAGCACAGACUGCUAUCGUGAUGAAUGAAUCCGCUGUUGAGGUGAGCAUCAAUCGUUUACUCGAGACUGACGACGCGGGACAGGCGUGUGAACGACACGAGUCGAGGCCCGUCUUCUACUACGUCUUCCACGAUUAUUUCAAUCUCGCUGGAGUUGUGCACCAGUUGACGCGGCUGUCGAGUGUUGACGAGAGGGAGCUGGCGCGUCAGAGAAGCUCCAGUUCGGACAUGGGUUCAUCAACGCCUCUUUCAGCAGGAACACCCACCGACGAGACUUCUCGUUACUCGCCAUUCAAUAGCGAGGAUCCGUUUGUCUACUAUGACGGCCCGUCGACGGGUACUUCAGGUCGUGUCGUGACCAAUGGGAUUGCGCACAAUUUGCGCCAACGGUUCAAGAUCAUUGUCGCGAUGGGACGCGCUGCACAGCGCCAGGUCUGUGUAUUCUGCAGGAAUAACGGCGAGAGCGAGUCUGUCUACGCCACGCACAGCAUCAAAGCGUCAGACGGUCGCAUCACUUGUCCAGUGCUGAGAGCCUACACGUGCCCGAUAUGCGGCGCGCACGGCGACGAGGCGCACACUAUCAAGUACUGCCCGCGAAAUCUCGAAGCGGGAGAGUUCAGUCGCAGCGUCGCACGACCGCACGGCCGUCUGCGCAACGCUACCGGCCGACGCAAGUGAUUUCAGCAAUUCUCAACAGAGCAGCAGCACUACAUCGUAUUUACUAUUUACUUCGAAUUUAUGAUUCCUUUUAUUUUACGCGUAAUGAAUCGUUUCGAUUCCGUCGACCGUUUUCUCGGUUUUUUCGUUCGAAUCAACUCUAUAUUUCUAUUGAUUGCUGCUGUUACUGCCACCACUAUCAAUGACAGCGAGUGAUUGCGGUUUGAAUUGAUUCAGAGCUACUGUACUACCUUUUUUCCUCUCUCUCUUUACAGUAAAAUGUUGGACAGAUUGCUAACUAGCCAUGACAUAUAUAAUGACAGUAUUUAGUAUCUUAGCCGCUCUGCUGUUUGACAUACGUUUUAUUCGAAUGAAUUCAAUAUCACAGUAUUGGAGGUUGUCACCCACACCAACUGCCUCUUUGUCUGCAACCCCAUCUCGCGCACACACAUUCACUACCAUCCAUCCAUCCCUCUGUGUACACUUCACACACUCUGCAGCUCUGGAGUCGCAAGCGACUGCGUUGCGGCGCUUCUCGUGCUGAUUAUCUUACAUCUCAGACGCCAUUCUUACCGUGCUUUCACAGGCUGUUAGCUAUUUAGUGACGAACAUUGCUUGGACGUUUCCGGUCGCACGUUGAAAGUGUCGCGAAUUGUUUGUCGAGGUGUUAACGCAAUUAUCACGUUCGCUUAGGCUCCCGCUGAGCGGAGCGGAGCAGCUGGUUGUUGGUGUCUAGAGAGUUGCGAGUGUUUGUACUUGGUCUUGGCUGUUGACAACUGUAGACAUGUUGAUCACAGACAUGCCGGCUUUCAGAGUUUGGUGUGACGUACGUAAUAUCACUACAGUAAAUAAAUGUAAUGUGCUUGUGUCAUGUUUUAUUUGGCUUACCUGAGAUAGACAAAGACAGAGAGAAAUAGGCAGAC